AGGCAUGUCUUCUCCACACCACACCACUCCUGCUUCCUCGCAUGAAUUUACCGCGCCGUCGACUCUUCCCAGCUGAACAGGCUACUUCGCCGUAGGUUUGGUGUUUGUCCGGCCCACCGCAGCCGCCCGGCAGCUGUGCCCUCUGCUCCUGAAGGCAGUCCCCGUCAUGACCUCCCCUUUCUGCGAUUCUGCUGAAAUUUGCUAAAUGGGAUUCGUGGCCGGCCCGAGGUUUCCACAGCAACUGGCCAUCCGCUUCCAUUAUUUCUGUAAUGAGGACAGCCAUAAGGAUUUAACACGGUUCCUCGCUGCGCGUCUCUGAUUUUUGGGCUAAAUCUCAAGACGCGUCAAAGGUCUGCACAUGGGGGCGGGCAAGAGCAAGCCCAAGGAGCCGGGCCAGCGCUCCAUGAGCCUGGACGGCACCAUUGGCACAGGCUCAGACAGUGGGCACUUCCACCACCUGGGCCCCGCCCAGCAGACCCAAACCCCCAACAGGAGCCCUGCCGUCGGGACAGGUAGGCGGGGGCAACAAGGGCAGCACCAGCACGCCCCGACGAACACUCCUGAGCUGGCUCUCUUUGGAGGGGUGGACCACACCGGCACUAUCACCUCACCUCAGAGAGGACCUCUGUCAGGAGGUGUCACUACAUUUGUGGCGCUGUAUGACUAUGAGUCACGGACAGCGUCUGAUCUGACCUUUAGGAAAGGCGACAGGCUGCAGAUUGUCAACAACACAGAAGGGGACUGGUGGCUCGCUCGCUCCCUGACGACAGGAGAGAGUGGUUAUAUCCCCAGCAACUAUGUGGCUCCGUCCGACUCCAUCCAAGCAGAAGAGUGGUAUUUUGGGAAGAUCACUCGGCGUGACUCAGAGAGGCUCCUUUUGAACUUACAGAACAGACGAGGAACCUUCUUGGUGCGGGAGAGCGAGACCACUAAAGGGGCAUAUUGCUUGUCUGUGCUGGAUUAUGAUAACACCAAAGGCCUGAAUGUUAAACAUUACAAGAUCAGGAAGCUGGAUAGCGGAGGUUUCUAUAUCACCUCCCGCACCCAGUUCACCAGCCUACAGCAGCUAGUCUUCCACUACCGCAAGCACUCUGAUGGGCUGUGCCAUGCUUUAACAGACGUGUGCCCCGUGGCCAAACCUCAGACCCAGGGACUGGCCAGGGACGCCUGGGAGAUUCCCCGAGAGUCCCUCCGCCUCGACCUUAAACUGGGACAGGGCUGCUUUGGAGAGGUCUGGAUGGGCACAUGGAACGGAACAACACGGGUAGCCAUUAAGACCCUGAAGCCUGGCACCAUGUCUCCAGAGGCCUUUCUUCAGGAAGCACAGGUCAUGAAGAAGUUGAGGCAUGAGAAGCUGGUCCAGCUGUAUGCUGUUGUGUCUGAGGAACCUAUCUACAUUGUGACAGAGUAUAUGAGCCAAGGUAGCCUGCUGGACUUUCUUAAAGGGGAAGCAGGGAAGAUGCUCCGUCUGCCUCAGCUAGUAGACAUGGCCGCUCAGAUUGCAGCAGGCAUGGCCUACGUGGAGAGGAUGAACUACGUCCACAGAGACCUGCGUGCUGCCAACAUCCUGGUGGGAGACAGCCUGGUGUGUAAAGUGGCCGACUUCGGUUUGGCAAGACUCAUUGAAGACAACGAGUACACUGCGAGACAGGGAGCCAAGUUCCCAAUCAAAUGGACUGCACCAGAGGCUGCUCUGUACGGUCGUUUCACCAUCAAGUCUGAUGUCUGGUCCUUUGGUGUGCUGCUCACAGAGCUGGCAACUAAAGGCAGAGUCCCCUAUCCAGGUAUGGUUAACCGCGAGGUGCUGGACCAGGUGGAGCGCGGCUACAGGAUGCCCUGCCCGGCGGAGUGCCCCAGCUCCUUGCACGAGCUCAUGCUUUCCUGCUGGAGGAAGGACCCAGAAGAGAGGCCGACAUUUGAGUACCUGCAGGGCUUCCUAGAGGACUACUUCACCUCCACAGAACCCCAGUAUCAGCCUGGGGAGAACCUAUAGAACCACACACUGAACCGAACCUAGGGGGAGAACCUCACCACAGAACGAUCUGCACUAACCGACCUCAGAGGAGCACCUGUAGGAGGAUCUGAGCCUGUGAAACUCACCAGGGAGGAACUUGAGAGUCUUCUGUGGAAGCAAAACCAAGACAGAAACCUGCCGAAGUCCCAUCAUGUGCCAUAAAGAAACUGCUACAGAAGAACCUGGAGAACCUCCUUUCUGCAAGCACUCACUGUUUACUGAAGGAUAUCCUGCAGAAGCGAGGUUCAAGGCUUGUGAAAGAGAACUCCGGCUGGACAGACUCUGGCUCUAAUUUGACCGAGGGACCCCUCUUCUGGGUUGAUGUUUUUUGAGAGGUGCGACUGAUGUGGGAGGAACCAAAUCAGGAUCUACAGACGGAGCGAGCGGGAAAGGAAUAAACCUCCCGUUGAAGAGAGAAGGUCAAGGGAGGAUGUUUCAAUCGGACACGAGCUGUUAAGCGAAACCUCCCUCCUUCCCUCUUCUGUCGUGUGUCUUUACUCUCGUCUGGUACCUUUUCUGCCCACAGAAGAGCACUGCCACUGUGGCUCAGGUGCCAAAGGAAAGUCUGUCUCUCUUCACGUCCUUUAUGUCCCUUCUUCCUCUAUUUCUGUCUGACUUUCAGUAUUUCUCUCCAGUUUUCUCAAGUGCUGCUUCUUCAAAGUGUCUCCAAAUAACUCAGCUCUGGAACUCUACUUUGCAUCUUAAUUUAUGUUUACUAGGACAUUAUGCGCCCUGUGGUUUAAGGUUUUGUUCAGUGGGAGAGGGAGGUUCCUGAUUUUUCUUUAUUUUCUCUGUGAUUAUCAAUAGGCAAGGUUGUUAGAACCACUAUUCUGGUAGUGCCAGGGUAAACGUACUCAACAGGCAGGUUCUGUAAGACUGAAAAUUAGGUGAACUGAAUAAAAAAUUGAGGCCUUUCUCUAUUUUUUGACCCUCCUUCUCUUUUCUAGCUGUAUUUCUUCACAUACGCUGAACGGCCAUCGCGGCCAGCUGGAUCCAACCUCGAUGAUUAAAAAUGAUUUUGAUGCAGGUAGUGCUUGAAUGCUUGUUGUUUUGAUUUAACCUGAUUUUACCUGUAAAGUUGCAUUGAAAAUAAUCAACACAGUUACGGCGGCACUAAAGAGCAGUUUUAGCAGUUAUCAGCUCAUUUCCUCGGAGGCGUAAAUGGGCUAACUUUCAUCAAACAUUUAUGUGACCUACUAAGAGGCUGAUAUGGCUACCAAACUAAUCAUAUUACUGUUUAAUAUCCAACUCAGCUCAAGAUGUGGGGACCCUGAGCGUAAAAGCCUGCGCUGUUUUGUGCCAAACAAAUCACGUUUCUUUACUGCUGUCCAUGUAUAUAACGUUUUAUUAUCAAGGGGCUUACUUGGGGUUUUUAGUUCUUAAACAUGCAACUGUUUACUUACAGUUAACAUUAAAAUUCUCCAUCAUUUCCCCAGUUAAACUUCUUGUUGGUGAGUAAACAGGACAGACAAACCUGCCACUGUUUGCUGGAGGAUUCAAAAGUGUUUCAUUUCAUAUGUUGUGUCCAUAAAAAUAUGCAACCAGGCGGCCCUAAUGAAACUGUAAAACUUUGAUCAGGUAACCUUAAUAAAACUGUGUGUAUGACUUAACUAUAAGAGUUGCUUUUAAAACCAGUUAGCAUGCUUUUGUGCCGUUCUUCUCUUGACCAUUGGCUGGGUUUGUAUUUAUGCUGUACUGUACAUCAACACGUGUAUGUUUACUCAAGGUUCAGGUGAGGCGACGGGAUCACAAACAGACUUCUGAACAUUUCUGCCAUCAACCUAUAAUUCAUUUUUUUUAUCUAACCCACUGCUGCCAGUCCUCGCCAUCAUACUGUACAUACUGUAGCUCUUUAGAGUUGGUUUUUGUAUCAUGUAAGCCACUUUCAAAUGGCAGGUAUUUAUGUUGGGUGUCACGCAUUUCACAGUGGUUUAGUUUAUGACGUAGUCGAUGCAGCAACAGUAGAUAUAAAGUUAUAGAUUGUUGCCAACAAAUACUAUGAAACCAGUUAUCAAAUAUGAGCCAUGCAGCCAUAGGAGAGAAGGUCCAUGCCCACUAACACAAGCUAUUAAUCAGUGAUGGUGAAUCCUGAUGGCUAAUUUAAUCAACAACGUGGACGAUUCGAAAACCACAAUGAAAGUGGAGAUUUGGUUGAUAUGAAAAAUGAGGUCAAAGAUGUAAAUAGUAUCUUAAAUGACUGUGACUAUCAUGUAAUUUGUUUUUUGUGUAUUUUUUCUUUAAUUGCUCCUCCAUGUUGAGGUUUUUACAGUGACGCACGCCUGCUCCCAAAAUCUUUUAAUAAUGAGAUGCUACUGUAAAUGGGGCUUAAGGAAUGUUUUCUUUUUUAAAUAUUGGAUUAAAUAUAAAAUAUCUGCUAAAGACAAUUUAAAAUUGGGUCUGACAUACAUACAUACAUAUAUAUAUAUAUAUAUAUAUAUAUAUAUAUAUAUAUAUAUAUAUAUAUAUAUAUAUAUGUGUGUAUAUGUAUCUUUCCAAGAACAUAUUACCAGUGCUUUUCCUCUUUUAGAUUGGGAAAUACCCUGUUUGUUCUGACGCACUGAACAGCCUGCAAGUCACUGGGACAAUGUGGAAGUUAAUGGGCUCAUGACAAGUAUGAGUAACGCCAAGGUCUGAUUGGAUUUUCUGUUCCAUAUUAAAGAAGUGUCUCGGUGGGGGUUUUUUAUGUUUAUUUUUUAUAAAUCUAUGCAGUUUCGGUCUGGCAUUCCUGCAGCUUCAUGGCCAUUUUGUUCUAAAGUCAAAAACGAUGAUCAUAAACAGAAGGUGUGAGCAUUUUGUAAGGACUUCUUUUGUCUUCUUUUUGUUUCCGAUGUAAUGGGAUUGAAAUGGGUAUCGUGCCACUUUAUGUUGAUCUUUAAAUGUGCAAUAAAUUAUAUUUCAAAUGUG